UUGUAGUUAGUCCUGUCUGCAGAUAGGGAGCUUCCAGUUCUUUAUCCACCCAAACAAAUCCAACAACCUGAUACUGGAGACACAACCAGGCGUUCCCCGGCCAUACUGUCUGGUGUCCUGUCUGCAGAUAGGGAGCUUCCGUUUCUUCAUCCAACGACCUGAUACUGGAGACACAACCAGGCGUUCCCCGGCCACACUGUCUGGUGUCCUGUCUGCAGAUAGGGAGCUUCCAUUUCUUCAUCCAACAACCUGAUACUGGAGACACAACCAGGCGUUCCCCCGUCGCCCUGUCUGCCGCACUGCCUGCCGCCCUGUCUGCCGCACUGCCUGCCGCCCUGUCUGCCGCACUGCCUGCCGCCCUGUCUGCCGCCCUGUCUGCCGCCCUGUCUGCCGCACUGCCCGGUCAAGGCCAAAUGCAACCGUGCCUGGGAGCAGCAGAAGAGACGUCUAUCCACCCCGACGGGACUAACCUAUUUACUAACCCUGAAUAGACCCAAAUAACCCUGAAUGGAUACGUUAUUAAGACAAGGAGCUAUGCAGUAGGCAUAGUGAACAUGGAAUUUGUUUUGUUUUUGACGGACCUUUGUGAAACAACAAGCUAACGUCAGUUCGCUACCAAGGCGGCCUAACAUUAGCAAAAGGAGCUAGCUACCGUUAGGGGGGAGAAACACGGCAAAGUUGGACUUCUGUGGGCAAAAAAACAAAAAAGCCGACGGGUUUUAUUCCCUAACAAGUUUAUUUUAACAUAGUUAACUACCUGUUAGUAACGCUAGCAGUGUAUUGUUAAUGUUUAGUUAGGUAACUCAGCGUAGCUAACGUCGUUGUGUGAAGUAGCUGUCUUGUUAGCAUGACAACCUGACCCCGUCUUCAAUGUGUCGCUGGACACGUCGGUUAUUGACCUGCGCGUGAAAGAGACUGACGUGUAAAUAAAGACGUUAAAGUUUCGAAAGAGCGGGAAGUUUCAAGUUAAAUCAAAUGUACAACAGAGUGACGUCAAUGUCGUUGCUGAAGCAAAUCACGACGCUGUUGUUCGUGACGGUCCUCCCUCCGGUCCCCGCUGACCAGCAGAUGGAGAGGGAGUGUGCCUUCACUGAGCAGCAACAGCAGUGGGAGAUGGAGCGCGUGGCGGUGGGGGAGGGACGGGUUUCCCCCGAGAACACCACCAUCCACUGCUCUAAAGGAUCUCACUGCUUCGGCCUUUGGGAGAAGAGUCCUCCUGGAGACGUCAGGCUGGUCAAACAAGGUUGUUGGACUCACCUUGGCGACCAGCAGGAGUGUCGGGACGACCGUUGCGUGGUAACCAACCUGCCUCCUCAGAUCCAGAAUGGGACGUAUCACUUCUGCUGCUGUAGUACUGACAUGUGUAACGUCAACUUCACUGAGGACUUUCCUCUGCCCAGUCCCACUACAGCCCAGCCGCUAUACAACCAGUUGCAGUGUGAAGAGACCAUAGUCAUCUCCUUGGCUGUUGUCUCUGUGUUGGCUGUCAUCAUCUUUGCUGCCUUCUUCGGUUACCGCAUGAUGCACAGAGGUGGUAAACAGGGCCUUCAUAAUCUCAACAUGAUGGAGGGAGCUGGUUCUGAGAGCUCUCUGGACCUGGACAACCUCAAACAACUGGAGCUGAUAGGUCGAGGCCGGUACGGCUCGGUGUUCUGUGGUUCGUUGGACGAGCGACAGGUGGCUGUGAAGGUGUUCAGCUCAGCCAAUCGGCAGAACUUCCUGAACGAGUGUUCCAUUUAUUGUCUCCCCCUGCUGGAGCAUGACAACAUCGCACACUUCAUCGCUGCCGACGAACGGCUGGGGGCCGAGGGCCGAGUGGAGUACCUUCUGGUCAUGGAGUACUACCCCCACGGCUCUUUGUAUCGCUAUCUGGGCCUGCAGACAGGAGACUGGAUGAGUAGCUGUCGUCUGGCCCAUUCCAUCACCAGAGGCCUGGCCUACCUGCAUACUGAGCUGCUUAAAGGAGACUUCUACAAGCCAGCUGUGUCUCACAGAGAUCUGAACAGUCGGAACAUUCUGGUGAAGAACGACGGAACGUGUGUCAUCAUCGACUUUGGCCUCUCCAUGAAGUUGACGGGGAACCGGCCGGUACGACAGGGAGAGGAGGAGAACGCUGCCAUCAGUGAGGUGGGUACAGUCCGCUACAUGGCCCCAGAGGUUCUGGAGGGGGCUGUGAACCUGAGGGACUGCGAGUCGGCUCUGAAGCAGGUGGACAUGUACGCCCUGGGCCUCGUCUCACUGGGAGACCUUCAUGAGGAGAAUCACCCAGACCUCCAGGUGGCGUUCCAGGCCCUGGGCCACCCUUCCUUUGAGGACAUGAGGUCCUGGUGUCCAGAGAUUGUGGUGGGUAUGAUGUUAUGGUGUGGUAUGUUAUGGUGUGGUAUGGUAUGGUUAUCCUCUGUAACCUUCCCUCAGGCGGUGCGGUCCCUGAAGGAGACCAUGGAGGACUGUUGGGACCAGGAUGCCGAGGCCAGGCUGACCGCUCAGUGUGCAGAGGAGCGCAUGGCUGAACUACUGCUGAUCUGGGACCAGUCCAAGUCUGUCAGCCCCACACUCAACCCUACUGGUAGCAGCUGUACCACACUGUUCAAUGAUAGAAACCGCAUGGGGCCACAGUCCGGCCCUGACCCUGCCUCGUCCUACAUCGAGGAGCAGGACGGCACGGGCAAGAGCACACACAGCGACACCCCCUCCGCUUUGAUUGGCCGGACGAGAGAUGGAGGUGUGGCUGGAGAGAGGAACAGGAACUCUAUAAACUACGAGCGGCAGCAGGCGGCUCACGCCCGUCUCCCCGGCAACCCCUCCGCUGGAACCUCCUCUUCCCUCACCACCAUGACCUUCAUCUCAGAGUCCAGCCAGGGUCAUGACCCCAACCCUAACCUCCACCUGACCCUGACCCAGGAGGAUCUGGAGACCACCAAGCUGGACCCCAGGGAGGUGGAUAAGAACCUGAAGGAGAGUUCUGAUGAGAACCUGAUGGAACACAGCCAGAAACAGUUCUGUUCUCCGGACUUGCUGAGCCCCGCCUCCUCCUCCCUGCUCUUCCCCUUCAUCAAGAUGGCUGCCGAGGCGUCUCCCCCCGCCGUGUUCCCUCUCCCCAAGCAGCAAAACCUCCCCAAACGACCCUCCAGCCUGCUGCUCCGCACCAAGCCGCCUAAGAAAGACUCAUCCUCUCUGAGGUUUAAAUUCGGUCGCCGUGGCAAGUCCAAUCUACGACAGGUAGAGGGCGGAGCUAAGACCAACGGCGUGUCCAACGUCACCGCCGUCUCCGAGCCCCACCGGGUCAGCGCCACCAACAACCUGCUGGUCCUACGGGACCUCUCUGUGAACGGGCAUGGGGCCGGGUCCUCGCCAGCAGGGGGCGCCAGCAGCACGGUGGGGCUCACUCUAACUCAGAGCACGAACCCCCAGAGCUCUGAGGACGGCCAGCUGGGGCUGAUCACUGCCAGCCCAGACGAACACCAACCCCUGCUGAGCAGAGAGACAGGACAACCAGAUGUCCACUCCUCUAACGCACGGCCCAACAACAACAACAACAACAGCAACGGACUGGUACUGGGGGAGGGAGAGGGGGAGAGUGAUGGGGGAGGAGAGGAAGAGGAGGAGGGAGCAGGAGGAAGUACCAGUGGAGAGACCCCCUGCUCCCUGGGGGAGAGUUCUGUGUCUGGUUCCUUGUCUGGACCUGACCCCAACCCUGUCCCCAUGAGAGGUGAAGCCCUACUCAGGCAGCCUAAAGGAGGCCGGCGGCCGGAGAGACCCAACUCCCUGGACCUGUCCUUCACCACCAGACCUGGGGAGGCCUUGGUCCAGAACCAGGGAACAGGGGAGAAGAUUAAGAAGCGUGUGAAGACACCGUACUCCCUGAAGCGCUGGCGACCCGCCACCUGGGUCAUCACCACAGAUACCAGGGGGUCAGAGGUUAACAACAACAGGGGAGAAGGUCAGGCCCGGCCCAAGUCCAGCUCCGCUGUCUAUCUGACCUCUGAACCCAGCGACACCCGCCUCUGA